UGGUGAAAAGCAACUAUAUAAAAAAACUGCAUGACCUUAAUCACAAUUUUGAUCAUUUACACAGUCGACAUGUAAUUGCAAGUCAAACAAUUUGUACAACCAUAACACAACACACUUUGAAAGAAGGUAUCUAACAGUGCUCAAUUGCUAGACAAAAAAAUUAUCUGCUCGAACGCGCCCGCUCUCUCAUUUUGCCUGUCAGCAAAACAUUGUUGAGCGAUUGAGUUUAUGCAACGUGUUUACCUCGGCGUGCUUGUGAAACACUACACAUUGUAACAAUGCUCAUAAGUGAAUUCUUCAUUAUGGUAAAUCAACCAACGUUAUUGUCAACGCAACUUUUUUACAAGAACAGGGUUGUAGAAGUGACUCUGAACCGCGUUAUGUUGGGAUUUUGGAAGGAGAUUGAGACGAGGAGAAAACGCUCUGCGAGCUUCAAUUGUAUUUCUAAAGAUGCAGACCACCAUUUUCUCCUGGUGUCUGAGAUAGUUGGUGCCAGAGAGACCAAAGAAGAAGAAGACCAAACAAACAAAGAUGGUGGAAGGAAGCAUAGAGUUCUGUUGUAUCCGUAUGCAUUUACAGUGUCCUACACGGAGAGGACCAAACAUCACUGCUGGCGGUGUAAAGACAUCAUCUUCCAUUGCUUAGACGAGGCACAGCGUCAACAGUGGGUCCAGACAAUCAACAACCAGCUCUCACUACUCAGCAUCCGACCGAAACGCUUGCUAGUGUACAUCAAUCCCUACAGUGGGAAACAACGUGGGAAGUGGAUUUACGAGCAGAGAGUAGCCCCACUCUUCUCUCGAGCCUCCAUCUCCACCGACGUGAUCGUUACGGAGAGUGCCAAUCAUGCCAGGGAUCACUUGAAGACGGAGGUAGAUCUGAAGCAAUGUGACGGGGUGGUGUGCGUGGGAGGGGACGGGAUGUUCAGCGAGGUUGUCCACGGCCUGGUCUCUAGGACCCAGAGUGAUUCCAGAGUGGACCAGAACCAACCGAACCAGGACCUGGUUCCAUGUGCGCUCCGCAUCGGAAUCAUCCCUGCAGGUUCGACUGACUGUAUCUGCUAUUCUACCACAGGCACCAACGAUCCAGUGACUUCAGCCCUGCACAUCAUCAUGGGUGACUCCCAGCCCAUGGAUGUGUGUUCUGUCCAUCACAACAACACCUUCCUCAGGUACUCCGUCUCGCUGCUCGGAUACGGUUUCUACGGCGACGUGCUGACAGACAGCGAGAGGAAGCGCUGGAUGGGGCCUUCCAGAUACGACUUCUCGGGCCUAAAGACGUUCCUGACCCAUCAGUAUUAUGAAGGGACCGUCGCUUUCCUGCCCGCUGAGGACAACCUGGGGAACCCUAGAGACAAGAUCAAGUGCAUGACUGGGUGCCAUAUCUGUGAGCAGGGUGCCAACAAUGGGCAGCUCCUCUCAUUGGAUCAUGUCGACAAGAUGGCUGAAGAGAACUCUGACAAGGAGACCAGUGGUGAUGGUGUAUGGCGGGUGAUCCGGGGGAAGUUCCUAGCAAUCAACGCUGCCAGUAUGAGCUGUGCCUGUCCUCGCAGCCCUAGAGGCUUGUCGCCCUAUGCCCACCUGGCCGACGGCACCACAGACCUCAUCCUGGUACGCAAGGCCUCCCGCCUCGACUUCCUCCGACACCUCAUACGACACACCAACAAGGACGACCAGUUUGACAUGUCCUUUGUGGAGGUGCACCGUGUGCGGCGGUUCCGUUUUGUUCCAAAGCAAAGCAACGGGAUCUCAGAGGUGGACCUGAGUGAGACCAGUGGGAAGAAGAUCUGUAACCAGGUCUGUACGGCCCAUCCCAACAACGACACGGGCCAUAGCAACUGGAACUGUGAUGGGGAGAUCUUGCCUCAUGCGGAUAUACAAGUGAGUGUUCACUGCCAGCUGAUCAGACUAUUUGCCAGAGGUGUCGAGAGGAGGACCACGUUUGACACUUACACAUGGUCUGUAAUAGAGGGAUCAAGUCUCUCGUGGCAAGCUUAAGGGGACCAACUGUCCCCAAUUGUGCUAGAAAGUCCUGCAUUUGGACCCUUUAUCCCUCCAUCCUGCAACCACACAUGCAAGUCCUGCAUUUGGACCCUUUAUCCCUCCAUCCUGCAACCACACAUGCAAGUCCUGCAUUUGGACCCUUUAUCCCUCCAUCCUGCAACCACACAUGCAAGUCCUGCAUUUGGACCCUUUAUCCCUCCAUCCUGCAACCACACAUGCAAGUCCUGCAUUUGGACCCUUUAUCCCUCCAUCCUGCAACCACACAUGCAAGUCCUGCAUUUGGACCCUUUAUCCCUCCAUCCUGCAACCACACAUGCAAGUCCUGCAUUUGGACCCUUUAUCCCUCCAUCCUGCAACCACACAUGCAAGUCCUGCAUUUGGACCCUUUAUCCCUCCAUCCUGCAACCACACAUGCAAGUCCUGCAUUUGGACCCUUUAUCCCUCCAUCCUGCAACCACACAUGCAAGUCCUGCAUUUGGACCCUUUAUCCCUCCAUCCUGCAACCACACAUGCAAGUCCUGCAUUUGGACCCUUUAUCCCUCCAUCCUGCAACCACACAUGCAAGUCCUGCAUUUGGACCCUUUAUCCCUCCAUCCUGCAACCACACAUGCAAGUCCUGCAUUUGGACCCUUUAUCCCUCCAUCCUGCAACCACACAUGCAAGUCCUGCAUUUGGACCCUUUAUCCCUCCAUCCUGCAACCACACAUGCAAGUCCUGCAUUUGGACCCUUUAUCCCUCCAUCCUGCAACCACACAUGCAAGUCCUGCAUUUGGACCCUUUAUCCCUCCAUCCUGCAACCACACAUGCAAGUCCUGCAUUUGGACCCUUUAUCCCUCCAUCCUGCAACCACACAUGCAAGUCCUGCAUUUUUUAUUUUUUAUAUUUAUAACUUUCAUUUUUUUUUUUUUUAAGUCAGUUGGUCACGUAUUUCAGACUUCCCAUUUAUUUGAGGAGAACUGCCAUCAGCUUGCGCUUUUGACAAGACAUAUAGGCGCUUUCCCUUCCCAGUCAAGUAUCUUUCCUGAUGCAUCUCCCCACCGGAGCUUAAGCGAGUAUCUGCCGCAAUUACACCAGAUUGCAGUACAGGUUUCCGAGAGUAUGGAGACCCAUAAUGAGAUGAACGAAAAGGAGGAAUCUGUUCUAUGUACCUCCAAUCAAAGUAUGUGACUGAUGUUCUGUGUGGGCAUCCAAAGACAAUGUGAUGGGAAGUGGAAAUCACCAAGCUAGACUGUCGGUAAUGCCUCACUGCUUCUGCGUAUCGCUGUGAUACAAUGUGAGGGCAGAGAAACUCCAGGGCAAUCAGAGGUCCCUAAGUGAUUUUGCUUUCCCAGGAAGUUUCGCACCUGUGGCACAGAGCUACAGUUUGUCUAUUUUGAAGUUAUUUAGUUAAGACUAGUAGCCCCUCUCACUAGUGGGGGGGGGGGGCUGCUGCCAGUGGGUUGUCCUCUGUGUGUAGGGUAAUGUCUUUGUGAGAGUGCCAUCAUAAUGAGUUAGCGCCGUUACAAUUAUACACCAGACUGCCAUCAGACAGAUGCUGCUUCCUGCAGCCAAAACAUCAGCCAACUCUAGGACACACACACACACACACACACACACACACAUCUAUCAUCUGCCACUGUGAAACCACACACAGACCUAAACUCUCAACACUGUGGGAGGCUCGGCCUGUUCUUUUGGAAGCCUCUCCACGAUCAUUACUGGUUGCUGCGAAAGGCCAUGAUUAUAUUUCAACUCUGAGCUGUGAGUGAAUCAGGUCGUGCUUAUAAUCUUCCCUGUGGGUGAACGGUCUAUGUGGCUGUCCCGUUCUGAUGAACUGGCUGAUGUUUCUUUGCUGUGUACAAUGGAUAUAUCUGUGUGGAACCAAACGGUGUCAGCCCCACGCUGACUCGCUAAGCCAUCUGACGUGGGGGAACGUUUUGACAGAGUUCUGCUGAAGGCUUUAUAAUGACCGAAAUAUUUAUGUAAACCAUUCAUCUUGCGGGUCUCAAGAUGACAUGACACACUGUGUGUAACUAACCUGUGAUGUGGAUUAUGAUUAGAUAAGGAUUGAAUAUGUAUGAAUGUUUGGAUACAGCUUAAUUAAAGUGCUUUUAAACUAA